UUUAAUGCUAUAAAUAGCUCCAUCUUCUUUUCUUUCUUUUUAUGCAUCUCCAUCAAAGGUUUUGGCUAGCUUCUUCAUUUUUUUUUUUGUUCCAUCGCUCCUAAUCCAACACAAGUGCUUUGUCUUGGACUCUCUUAUUUCUACGGGUUCUUGCGAUAAGGGUAGCUUCUUCAUUUCUCUUUUUUUUUCUCUAAACCGGAAAAACAUAGAGAAAAAAAGAGAAUGGGGUUCCCUUCGUUUCCAAACUCAUGCUUUCUCUUGAUUCUCCUCUGUCUUGUCAACAUUUCCACCAUUUGCUCAACGGAACCAUUGAAACAGGAAGCAGUGCUUUUUGGAGGGAACUUCCCGGCUUUGUAUGUUAUUGGAGAUUCAUUGGUAGAUGCAGGAAACAAUAACAAUCUUGAGACGAGUGUCAAAUCGAAUUAUCCACCUUAUGGCUCUGAUUUUGAAGGUGGCAAAGCCACCGGACGUUUUAGCAAUGGCAAAACAAUUGCUGAUUACAUUGCUAUGUAUUACGGGCUUCCUCUGGUUCCUGCUUAUAUGGGAUUAUCUGAAGAACAAAAGAAUAAUAUCUCAACUGGUAUUAACUAUGCUUCUGCUAGCUGUGGGAUUCUUUUAAACACAGGAAAGAUAGCGGGAAAAUGUCUCCCGUUAAGUGUCCAAGUCGAUCUAUUUCAGGAGACUAUCGAGAAGAACCUGAAGACGAAGUUCAAGAACCCAUCAGAGCUCAGUGAACACUUGGCUCAAUCGUUGUUUAUGAUCGCGAUUGGGGCUAACGAUUAUGCAUUCAUUUUUAGAGUGAACCCCAAUUUUAAUGCGACUGAGUAUGCCGACAAGCUUCUUCAAGAUUACUUGAUACAAAUAGAGAGAUUGCACACGCUAGGAGCAAAAAAGUUCUUCAUCAACAACGUUAAACCAUUAGGAUGUUACCCAAAUAUGAUAGUUACGUCCGAGCCACGUGGAAGCUGCAAGGAACCAUUAAACCUUGCCAUUGGCCUUUUCAACACUAAGCUCAGAAACAGCCUGUCUCAGAUGAAGCAGAAAUUCACCGACACGGCCUUUUUAUACUCCGAUUACUACAACUUCAUGUUGGGACUAAGAGGAGGAACUUCAAGCAAUCAAGCUGGUUCGAGUCCAUUGAACUCGACAGCCCCAUGUUGUCCUGAAGUUUAUGAUGGAGCUCCAACCACAACUUGCUCACCCAGUUCGAUCGCGUGUAAGGAACCAGACACUCAUAUUUUCUUUGACCCGUAUCAUCCCACUCAAUUGGCGAAUUACAAGUACUCGAUUGCGUGUUUCAACGAGAGAAGUAUCUGCCAUGUUGUGAAUAAUUAAGUCAUUUUACUUUUGUGAGCAACAAUCUCUUUUUUUUCAAAGACAUCAAUUUAGUUGUUGUUUCUUUCCUUCAUCACCAGAUCUUUCUAUAAAAAAUUUCCGAUAUAAACUUUUACAUUUUCCACU